AUGUACCGAAUAGGAGCAAUUUCGAGCGCGGCCAUCACCAUGUUGGGGCUGAUAUUAAUGGCUACACCAAGCUUGGAGGGAUUCGUGCCCACUUUGGCGGUGCAGGAGUCUGGCGUGAAGGGCUCGGAAGCUGCCGGCAAGGCACCCGGGCAUGGCGUCCAAUGGUACGUCGGCGUCAUAUGCAUUAUUUGGUACUGCACAGUUCUAUCAUUAGCAUACAGUGGAUGGAUCGAGAUCAUGAGAAAAUUCACUCAAAUGAAACAAUUGCCGGAUCCAAAGCUCGCGCAAGAGCCCGUGAGCAUUAUUCGGCCUUGCAAGGGCAUUGACACAGAGAUGACCGCAUGUUUGGAGAGUUGUAUUUUACAAGUAUACCCGCGCGACAGGUUUGAAGUGCUGUUUUGCGUGGAGAGCCCCGAGGAUCCGAGCAUCCCGAUUAUCAAAGACGUGAUGCGGCGGCAUCCAGACUACGACUUGAAGUUGCUGGUGGGGUGGGCCGGCCGCGAAGACCACUAUGGGCCCAACCCCAAGAUCAACAACCUGUCGAAGGCAUACCGGCACGCGAAGCACGACAUUGUGUGGGUGCUGGAUUCGAACGUGUGGAGUUCUCCGGGGACGCUGGCGCGCAGCGUCGAGAGUCUAGUGCACUCGCUCGACAACGGGGCCAAGACGCGCGGUCGGCCUGUGGUGUUGACGCACCAGGCACCGCUGGCGUUCAGCGUGGGCGAAGAGACGCGCGCACUGCCGUUGAGCGCGCGGCUGGACGAGAUGUUCUUGUUCAGCUCGCACGCCAAGUUCUACGUGGGGUUCAACAAGGUGAGCAUUGCGCCGUGCGUGAACGGCAAGAGCAACUUCUACAGACGGUCUGCGCUGGACUUGGCCGUGGAGCGCAUCGGGGAAGCGACGCGGGCGACCGCGCUGUUCAGGGACCCGCAGAUACAGCGCGACGCACGCGCCAUAGCGCUCAAGAACCACGGCCGCGUCGCACACGAGCAUUGCGGAUUCACAGAGGUGACGCUGGCGCGAGGCGGGCUGGAGCCGCGCGCCGGGCUCGAGCCACGCUCGGGCCUCGAGGAUCGCGCGGGCUUCGACGAGCGCGCCGUCGCGGGGCCCGACCAGCCGCACCACCACGGCAUCGAGUUUUUCAGCACCUACAUCGGCGAAGACAACAUGAUCGGGACCGCGCUGUGGGACAUGCUGGGAGGCCGCACGGGCAUGACGCGCGACGUGGUGGUACAGCCACUGCGGUUUGGAACCAGCGACGAUGGCCUACGAAACUACAUCGACCGCCGCGUGCGUUGGCUGCGCGUGCGCAAGUACAUGGUACUUGCAGCGACGCUGCUGGAGCCCACGACAGAGUCGCUUGUGAGUGGCGCGAUGGGCGCGUACGGGAUAUCGCGCGUGUUUGGCGCGAGUUUCUACGUGGUGUUUGGCCUGCACUGUGCGCUGUGGUGCGCGACGGAUUGGGCCCAGUAUUGUGCGCUGUUGCGCUGCGUUUACUCCGAUAUAGCUCUUGAAAACGAAAACGAGCCCGAGUUCGUAGCGGCGGCGCGGCCGCGCCGCCGCUUCGCGACCUGGCUGGGCGUGUGGUUGCUGCGCGAGGCGCUGGCAUUACCGAUCUGGGUCCGCGCAAUGUGCGGGUCGGUAAUCUACUGGCGCAACAAGCCCUUCAAGAUUAACCGUGAUUUGACAGCAGAAGAACUGCGGCCGCAGUUGCGGCCGCGUUCGCCGCCGCGAACACCGACAAAUUAG